GUACAAUGUGUACAAAUGUAAACAUUUUCCAAUCAAAGUCAACAAUUAGUAUAUUUUCCGGGAUAACACAAUUUUUUUUUUUUUUUUUUUUUUCCAUUCAUCCAUGAAUAUAAUUCCUUGAGGUAUUUUACUUCAUCGUCCUCUAAUAUUUUUUUUCUAUAAAUGGUUUUUUUUUUUGUCUGCCCUUCAUCUUCCUCCUCACAAACAAGUAUCAAAGCAUUUCAAGUUGCCGAGGCCUGUAAAACCCAACAACAAUGACUCCUCUCCUCUCUCUCUCUCUCUUCCUUGUCGCUUUCCCUGCUUUCACUUCUCCUACCUUGUUAUUUCAGGGAUUCAAUUGGGAAUCAUGGAAAAAACCAGGAGGAUGGUACAACUCACUCAAGAACUCUAUCCCUGAUAUUGCUAAUGCUGGAAUCACUCAUGUCUGGCUUCCUCCUCCAUCUCACUCUGUUUCACCCCAAGGGUACAUGCCUGGAAGAUUAUACGAUUUGAGUGCAUCAAAAUAUGGAUCUCCGGAAGAGUUGAGGUCUCUGAUACAAUCUUUCCAUGAGAAAGGAAUAAAGUGCUUAGCCGACAUCGUAAUCAACCAUAGAACAGCAGAAAAGCGAGAUGGUAGAGGAAUAUACAGCAUUUUUGAAGGUGGAACGUCCGAUGAUCGUCUGGACUGGGGACCAUCUUUCAUUUGCCGGAACGAUGAAUAUUCCGAUGGUACGGGUAAUCCCGACACCGGAGAAGAUUUCCCGCCAGCUCCCGACAUUGAUCAUCUAAAUCUCAGAGUACAAAACGAGUUAUCAGACUGGAUGAACUGGUUGAAAACUGAAUUGGGAUAUGAUGGAUGGAGAUUUGAUUUCGUAAAAGGUUAUACUCCGAGUAUUACCAAACUUUACAUGGAGAGAACUUCACCGGGCUUCGCAGUGGGAGAGAAAUGGGAUUCUCUCUCGUACGGAGAGGAUGGAAAACCCAACGUCAAUCAGGAUAGUCAUCGGGGAAGAUUAAAAGAUUGGGUUGAGGUUGCGGGUGGAGUGGUAACGGCAUUUGAUUUUACAACAAAAGGGAUUCUGCAAGAAGCUGUGAAAGAUGAGCUAUGGCGAUUGAAGGAUUCAAAUGGAAACCCACCAGGACUGAUUGGUAUCUUACCAGAAAGAGCAGUGACUUUCAUCGACAAUCAUGAUACAGGAUCAACUCAGAACCAUUGGCCAUUCCCAUCUGAUAAAAUCAUGCAAGGAUACGCUUAUAUCCUAACCCAUCCGGGCAUCCCAUCCAUUUUCUACGAUCACUUCAUUGAUUGGAAUCUGAAGGAUGAGAUAACAAAAUUGGCAGAUAUCAGGAAUCGGAACGUGAUCGGCGCCGGAAGCAGAGUAAAUAUUUUAGCUUCAGAGAGUGGGUUGUACGUAGCAGCCAUUGAUGACAAGAUCAUUAUGAAGAUUGGACCAAAAAUGGACCUGGGAAACCUCAUUCCUUCAGAUUUCCUCCUUGCUACCUCCGGACAAGACUAUGCCGUUUGGGAGAAAUGAAAACAAACAAUCAGAUCUUCUGCAUGUACUACAUGAAUAAGUAAUUACAUUAAUUAUAUAUUUUAAUUAAGAAGAAAAUAUAAUCAAUGAAGAUAUAGUUUAUAAAAUGGUUAUUAAGGAUGAGACUUACGAUUUUCUUGUUGUGGUGGGUGGGAGAUUUGGAUGCAUUUGUUAAGAUUGUAAGGUGGUAAAGCUCGACUGUUUUUUUUUUUUUAAAAUUGACCCAUUGACUUAUUGACU